AUGGACCUGGGCUCCAGCAGCGAGGCCACAGACCCCACAGAGAGGGUGACCCUGCAACUCAAGAAACUCUACAGCCGAGGUCAGGCCACCUGGGAGGGGUUCAUCAACUGUGUGUGCAUGGAGCUGAGCGUGCCCCUGGACAUGGAGGUGUGGCUGCUGAGCACGUGGGGCCACGGGGAAGGGUUUCCCAGGCAGCUGGAAGCUGGCGAAGAAAGUCAAGCUGAAGCUAAGUUUGACCAAGGCCUCAAGCGACCUCAUCCGAACUGUGGAUCCUCACCCCGCCGCAAACAGUGCAAGAAGCAGCAACGAGAGUCGGCCAGACAGUACCUGCAGCUGCUGAGAAACUCCACCUGUCAACGCUAUGGCAGUGGGUUCCCUGCCCCCGGGCCCCCCACCGGCCCCCACCAACUCUACAUCCCGCCCAUCCUUCAAUGGAACCGCUCCACCGGGCCCUUCGACACUCAGGAGGGGGCCGUCAUGGGCCUCAAGGCCGAAGACGACCCCGACGCGUGUCUCCGCGACCUCUUCAACACCAGGGCCCACAGGGGCCCGAGGGUGCUGGUGCUGCUGGGGAAGACCGGCAUGGGCAAGACCACGCUGGCCCACCGGCUCUGCCACAAGUGGGCCUGCGGCCAGCUGGACCGCUUCCAGGCGCUGUUUCUGUUUGAAUUCCGCCACCUCAAGCGCAUCAAACGUCUCCUGACAUUGCCGCAGCUGCUCUUCGACCUGCACCCCAACCCCGAGGGAGACCCAGACGCUGUGCUGGGGUACCUGGCGGAGAAUGCGGAUGGGGUCCUGCUCAUCUUUGACGGGCUGGACGAGGCCCUCCACCCGCGUUCCAGCAGGAAGAACGCGGGCUCCGAGGCCCCAGACUCGGCCCUCGCCCUCUUCUCUGACCUCUGCCACGGCAAGGUCCUGCCUGGCUGCUGGGUGAUGGCCACCUCGCGCCCCGGGAAGCUGCCCGCCUGCCUGCCCACCGACGCGGCCAUGCUGCACAUGUGGGGCUUUGACCGGCCGCGGAUGGCAGACUACAUGGGCCGCUUCUUCAACCACCCGCCCCUGCGGGAGGUGGCCCUGGCAGAGCUGCAGGCCAACGCACGGCUCCGGAGUAUAUGCGCCAUGCCUGCCCUCUGCCGAGUGGCCUGUCUCUGCCUGCACCAGUUGCUCCAGGGCCACUCCCCAGGCCAGGCUGUGGCCUUCCUGCCCACUGUGACUCAGAACUAUCUGCAGAUGGUGCUCACCCACAGCCCCCACGGCUCCCUGCCCGUGACGUCUGUGCUGAGCCUCAGCGAGGUGGCCUUCCGGGGCCUGGAGGCCGGGGAGGUCAUCUUCUCGGCAGGAGACAUCCCCCCACCCGUGAUGGCCUUCGGAGCGGGCCAUGGCUUGCUGACCUCCUUCUGCAUCUACACAGGCCCCGGGCACCAGGAGACGGGCUAUGCCUUCACGCACUUCAGCCUGCAGGAGUUUUUCGCAGCCCUGUACCUGAUGACCAACCCCAGGGUGGACAAGGACAGCGUUGCCCGCCACAUCACCCUCAAUUCCCGUUGGGUGCUGCGGACUGAUGCCAGGCUGGGCCUCUCAGACCUUCUCCCCACCUUCCUGGCAGGCCUGGCAUCCCACGCCUGCCGUCCCUUCUUUGACCAGCUGGUAGAGUGGAACGAGGUGCUGGUUGCAAAGCAGGCAGCUGUUGUGCAGGCCUUGAGGAAGCUGGCCAGCCGCAAGCUCACAGGACCAAAGGUCGUAGAGUUGUGUCACUGUGUGGUUGAGACCCAGGAAUCUGAGCUGGCUGGCCUCGUGGCCCAGAAACUGCCCUAUCGGCUUCCCUUCCACAACUUCCCACUGACCUAUGCUGACCUGGCUGCCAUGACCAACAUCCUGGGCCACAGGGAUUCCCCCAUCCACCUGGAUUUUGAGGGCUGCCCCCUGGAACCCUGCUGUCCUGAGGCCCUGGCAGACUGCAGGCAGGUGGAGCAUCUCAGUAUCAAGAGCAGGAAGUGUGGGGACGCCUUCGCAGAAGCCCUCUCCAAGAGUUUGCCAACGAUGGGGAACCUGAAGAAGCUGGGGCUGGCCGGAACCAACAUCACUGCCCGAGGGAUCAGCCACCUGCUGCGGGCUUUGCAGCUCUGUCCACAGCUGGAAGAGGUCAGCUUACAGGACAGCCAGCUCAAGGACCAGAAGGUGCUGGACAUUGUGGAGAUGCUACCUGGCCUGACGAAGCUCCAGAAGCUUGCCUUGAGCCGCAACAACAUUUCUACGACAACACUAUUCUGCUUGACAAAGCUGGCAGUCACGUGCCCCACUGUCAGGAUGCUGCAGGUCAGUAAGGUGGAUGUCGUCUUCUUGCUCUCACCACUGCCAGCAGCAGAUCUGCAAGGAGUCCCAAACCUGCAGGGAAAUGCCAGCCAGAAGAAAGAGACUCAGAACAGAAGCUUGGCCCUCAGUCUCCAAGAGUGUCAUCUCACACUCCAUGAUAUGAAGGUGCUCAUAGCACAGCUCCAGGGAGGCCCCCACCUGGAGGAAGUGGACCUCUCAGGGAACACGCUGGAAGAUGAAGGCUGCCGGCUGAUAGCAGAGGCUGUGGCCCAGCUUCCCAUCACCAGGAAGCUGAAACUGGACAACAACGGGCUGUCUGUGGCCGGCCUGCCCCGCGUGCUGCGGGCAGUAAGCGCGUGCCGGACGCUGGAGAUGCUGCACGUCAGCCUGCUGCAAAAAACCGCAGUCUUCAUGUUUUCCCCAGAGCCGGAGGAACAGGAGGGGACCCAGAAAAGAGCUACGACUGCUGACAGCCCCCUGCCCUCAGAGCCACCCCUGCGCUCCCGAAGAAUCAGCCUGACACACUGUGGCUUGCAAGCCAAAAACCUGGUGCAGCUCUGUGAGGCGCUGGAAGGAAGCUGUGGCUUGGGUGACCUCUGUGACCUGGACUUAUCGGGCAACGCCCUGGGGGACGAAGGUGCUGUCCAGGCGGCUCAGCUGCUCCCAGGACUGGGCACUCUGCGGUCCCUGAACCUCAGCGGGAACAGCGUGUCGCUGGACGCCGUGUGCAGCCUGAGCCAGUGCUUCUCUGCUGUGCCCUGGCUGCUCCUCCUGGACAUCAGGGAUCUGUCUGCUGAUGGGUCUUUGCCCAGGUUCCCGGCUGGAGUCCAUUUCUUGGGGGACCGUCAAUGCUGCGUCCCCAGGAGCUUCUGCCUCCAGGAGUGUCAGCUGGAGCCCCCGAGCCUCAGCCGCCUCUGUGAGACUCUGGAGAAGUGCCCGGGGCCUCUGGAAGUCAAAUUAUCCUGCGACCUGAGUGAGCAGAGCCUGCAGACCCUGCUGCACCACCUGCCCCGGCUCUCCCAGCUAAGACUGCUGCAGCUGAGCCUGCUGGGCCCCUGCCCGCGGAGCCCCCUCCUGCUGGCCGACCUCUUCAGCCGCUGCCCCCGACUACAGAAGGUGGACGUCAGAUCCCUGACGCACAUGACCUUGCACUUCCGGUCCAGCGAGGGGCAGGAAGGCCGGCGCUGCGGCAGGUUCACAGACUGCAACCUCAGCCUGGAGCACAUGGAUACGCUGUGCUGUCUGCUGAGCGGGUGUGAGGACCUCAGCCAGCUGGACCUCUCUGCAAACCUGCUGGGGGACGGCGGGCUCAGGAGCCUCCUGCAGAGUCUGCCCCAGUUGCCUGUCUCGGGUUCUCUUGAUCUGAGCCAUAACAACAUCUCUCAAGAAGGUGCCUUGUACCUGGUGGAGAUGCUACCCUCCUGCCCACGUGUCCGGGAGGCCCUAGUGAACCUGGGCUCCGAGCAGAGCUUCCGGAUCCACUUCUCCCCACAGGCGGAGGCUGGGACGACACUCAGGGUGGAGGAUCCGUGGGUGGAGAGAGCCAGUGUGCCUGACCUGUUAGAAGUCUGUGCCAAAGCCUCAGGCAACAUCACUGAAAUAAGCAUCUCCAUGACUGAGAAGCAGCUCUGUGUCCAGCUGGAAUUUCCCCGACAGGAGAACCCAGAGGCCAUGGCUGUCAGGUUGGCUCACUGUGAUCUUGGCACCAGCCACAGCCUUCUGGUCAGGCAGCUGAUGGAGACAUGUGCCAGGCUGCAGCAGCUCAGCUUGUACCAGGUGAACCUGUGUGAAACCAGCUCCCUGCUGCUGCAGACCCUGCUGCUGGCCCUCUGUGAGCUGCAGAAGUUCCGGCUGACCUCCAGCUGUGUGAGCUCCCAGGGCCUGGCCCACCUGGCGUCUGGCCUGCAGCACUGCCACCGCCUGGAAGAGCUGAACUUGUCUGACAAUCAGCUUGGCGAGGAGGGCACCAUGGUGCUGAUGGGAGCCCUUGAGGGCAAGUGCUGGCUGAAGAGGCUUGAACUCAGCCACCUGCUGCUGGGCAGCUCCUCGCUGGCUGCACUUACCCAAGGACUGAGCCACCUGACCCACCUGCAGAGCCUCCGGCUGAGCCAAAACCGCAUCAGUGACGCUGGCUGCCACCGCCUGUCAGAGUUUCUCAGAGCUGCCACCGCCAGCUUGGAAGAACUAGACUUGAGCCACAACCAGAUUGGAGACUCCGGUGCCCGGCACUUAGCAGCUGUCUUGCCAGAGCUGCUGGAGCUCAGGAAGAUAGACCUCUCUGCCAAUGGCAUCAGCCCAGAAGGGGGAGUGCAAUUAGUGAGGUCUCUCAGCCUCUGCGGGCGCCUGGAGGAGAUGCGGCUCGGCUGCAAUGCCCUGAGGGACCCCACGGCCCUGGAGCUGGCUCGGGCGCUGCCGCAGCAUCUGAGGGUCCUGCACCUGCAGUCUAGCCAUCUGGGCCCAGAGGGGGCGUUGCAACUGAGCCAGGCCCUGGACGGCUUUCCACAUCUGGAGGAGAUCUGCUUGGCUCAGAACAGUGUGGCCGGAGGGGUUCCCCCUUUCUGUAAGGGACUGGCACUGCUCAGGCAGAUAGACCUGUUUUAUUGCGAGAUGGACGAUCAGACAGCUAAGCCCCUCGUUGCCAGCCUCGUGCUCUGCCCAGCCCUGGAAGAAAUCUUGCUGUCCUGGAAUCUGCUUGGGGACGAGGCCGUGGCUGAGCUGGCUCGGGUCCUGCCGAAGCUGGGCCGGUUGAAGAGAGUGGAACUGGAGAAGAACCGAAUCACAGCCCGCGGAGCCUGGCUCUUGGCUGAAGGGCUGGCGCAGGGGGCUGGCACCCCAGUGAUCCGGCUCUGGAAGAACCCCAUCGCCCCCGAGAUGGCGCAGCGUCUACAGAGCGAGGAGCCCAGGCUGGUCUUUACUUGAUGGCCCCCAAGACCCUUCAGCUCC